GCCGUGGCCGGCCGCGGGCCGCGGCGCUGCUAGGAGCGGGGGACGGGCCGCGCGUUCGCCUUUCCGCCCGCCGGCUGCGGUGCCCCCGCCGCCGACAUGUCGCUGGGCAUGGAGGAGGAGGAGUACGCCCGGCUGGUGAUGGAGUCGGAGCCCGAGUGGCUGCGGAGCGAGAUCAAGCGGCUCUUCCAGGAGCUGGGCGAGACCACCCGCGAGAAGAUCCAGGCGGCGGAGUACGGGCUGGCCGUGCUGGAGGAGAAGCAGCAGCUGAAGCAGCAGUACGAGGAGCUGGAGCUGGAGUACGAGACCAUCCGCGCCGAGAUGGAGCAGCUGAAGGAGGCUUUUGGGCAGGCCCAUACCAAUCACAAGAAGGUAGCAGCAGAUGGGGAGAGCAGAGAGGAGACCUUGAUUCAGGAAUCGGCUACCAAGGAAGAGUACUACAUGAAGAAGGUUAUGGAGCUGCAGACAGAAUUGAAGCAGCUCAGAAAUGUCCUUGCCAACACCCAGUCUGAAAAUGAACGCCUUAAUUCUGUUGCACAGGAACUGAAAGAGGCCAAUCAGAAUGUGGAGAUCCAAAGGGCCCGCCUGCGAGAUGAUAUUAAGGAAUAUAAAUUCCGGGAAGCCCGUUUGCUGCAAGACUACACUGAGCUUGAAGAAGAAAACAUCUGUCUCCAGAAACAAGUGUCUGUGCUGAAGCAAAAUCAGGUGGAGUUUGAAGGUCUGAAACAUGAAAUCAAAAGACUUGAGGAGGAAACAGAAUUUCUCAACAGCCAGCUGGAAGAUGCCAUCCGGCUGAAGGAGAUCUCUGAACGUCAGCUGGAAGAGGCCUUGGAGACGCUGAAGACGGAGCGAGAGCAGAAGAACAACCUUCGUAAGGAGCUGUCUCACUAUAUGAACAUCAACGACUCCAUGUACAACAGUCACCUGAACAUCUCUUUGGAUGGUCUGAAGUUCAGUGAUGAAGCCACGGAGCCCAAUAAUGACGAAAUCAUGAAUGGAUUUGAACAAAAUUGCCUCAGCAAACACAGCAAUGGCAAGAACAAUACAUCAACCCCCAAGAAAAAUGAAGGCUUCCCCCCAGCCCCAAGUCUGGUUUCAGAUCUUCUCAGUGAAUUAAACAUUUCUGAAAUCCAGAAGCUGAAACAACAGCUUGUGCAGAUGGAAAGAGAAAAAGUGAAUUUGUUAACGACACUACAGGAAUCUCAGAAACAGCUGGAAAACACACGGGGGGCCCUCUCAGAGCAGCAUGAGAAAGUUGGCAGACUUACUGAAAACCUGAACGCAAUGAAGAAGCUCCAGGUCAGCAAGGAGCGUCAGUCUGCCCUGGACAACGAGAAGGACCGAGACAGCCAUGAAGAUGGAGAUUAUUACGAAGUUGACAUCAAUGGACCAGAGAUCCUGGAGUGCAAAUACAAAGUGGCUGUGGCAGAGAUCACUGACCUAAAAGAAGAACUUAAAAAUCUUAAGGCCAAAUACAAAGAAUGUGAGUCUAAGUAUGAGGAAGAGAAGAGUAGAUAUGAGACCGAGAGCCAAGCUCUUACGGAAAAGAUUGCGUCGUUAGAAAAAUCCAGUAGGCAUGAUAGAGAGCAAGUGGCCAGACUGGAAAAGGAGCUGAAGAAAGUCAGUGAUGUUGCUGGAGAAACACAGGGCAGUCUCAGUGUGGCCCAAGAUGAACUAGUCACCUUCAGUGAGGAGCUGGCCAAUUUAUACCACCAUGUCUGCAUGUGCAACAAUGAAACUCCAAAUAGAGUGAUGCUGGAUUACUACAAAGAAGGCAAAGGAGGACGCAGUAGUCCAGAGGCCAAGGGAAGGAGGUCUCCUAUUCUUCUCUCUAAAGGGCUGUUAACCAUUGAUCUAGGAAAGGCAGAGAAUGGAAGUGGUGACAGCAGCCCAUCUCCAGUGUCAUCUCUGCCAUCUCCUGUGUCAGAUCCUCGGAAGGAACCGAUGAACAUUUACAACUUGAUAGCUAUAAUCCGUGAUCAGAUCAAACACCUGCAAGCUGCUGUGGACAGAACAACUGAGUUGUCCAGGCAGCGUGUUGCCACUCAAGAACUUGGGCCAGUGGUGGACAAAGACAAGGAAGCUCUCAUGGAAGAAAUCCUGAAGUUGAAGUCCUUGUUGAGCACCAAGAGAGAGCAGAUAGCAACUCUGAGAACUGUGCUCAAGGCCAACAAACAGACUGCAGAGGUAGCUCUUGCCAACUUAAAAAGCAAGUAUGAAAAUGAGAAAGCUAUGGUUACGGAGACAAUGAUGAAGCUGCGAAAUGAGCUGAAGGCUUUGAAAGAAGAUGCUGCUACCUUUUCUUCCCUGAGAGCAAUGUUUGCUACAAGAUGUGACGAGUAUGUCACACAGCUGGAUGAAAUGCAGCGGCAGCUCGCAGCAGCUGAAGAUGAGAAGAAGACUCUGAACUCCUUGCUUCGGAUGGCAAUCCAGCAGAAACUGGCACUGACCCAGCGCCUGGAGCACUUGGAGCUGGACCAUGAGCAGUCCAAAAGGGUGCGCACAAAAUCUGCUUCCAAAGCCAAGAGCAGUAACCCUACUGUAAGUCAUAUUCGCUCUUGUGGAGACAGGCCUGAAGGAUCUGUCCUUAACAACCAGGUGUUUUGUAGCGAAAAAUAUAAAAUCUAUUGUGACUAGGAGAGGUGUGUAGAAAAAGCAUAUUAUGCAUCUUAUUUUAUGCUGUAAUUGUCAGCGUAAAUCCCCACUAUCUAACGUCGCGGUGAGUUGACUUGUACUAGUAAGUUGUUAAACCAGGUAAUACAAGUUGUAUUAUGGUGGUCUUAACUGUAACUAAUUCGUAAGUACGGGGAUGGUAUUAACAAGGUAAUGGUGGAAAGGAAGUAGCUUUUUCCACAGUUAAGGUGUGUGGGUUUUGCUGGUUAUGGUAAGUGUUAAGAGUACACCUGAUAUAUUCUAUCUGGUGUUACUAAUUGUAGUUUGUAUAGCACAAAUGUGAUCCUUUCUCCAGGGUUGCAGCAUACUUUAAUAAAUGGUUUCACAGGCAUAAACGAACAGAAAACCUCCCUUGCUGCUGUGUCUAGAAGUGGUGAAAAGCAAGUGUUCAAAUUAGAGUUAUGUCUUGAAAAUAGAGAGCAUUUUGAAACUGGAACCAAAAUUAAAUCUGCCUGUUGUGGCAGAUAAUAAGGACUUGCAGUUAUAUCACCACUUACCAAUGUCCUAAAGCUUUUAUAGGCCAUAAAAGCUAGGAAAAACAUGGUAGGAUACAUUAUUUACACUCUGCUUCCCUCACUUUAGAGGAUUAAUCAGAAGAAACUUGCACAUUUAUAUUAAAAAUAUGCAAUAUUUACCCCCAUCUGGUAUAAAAGCUAAAAGUUUGAGAAUUGGGAUCCUACCCAGUAGGCAGUUCCACUUGAAGUUAUGCUCUGGAAAAGUCCCGUGUCGUGGAAGGAUCUCUGUGGUGUCCUGAUGCUCCUUGCAGCACAACGCUUGGGAAGGAAUCUGUUUGAUAUAUUAUUGUAGCCACACGACGUAUCUGUGUAGAAUUAAUGUGACUAUGGUCUAGUAUUGUUUUUCUCAGCUUUCAGUAUUAAUCCAAACAGGAUGAUGCUUCAGAGCUCUGAUCAUUUUUUAAAUACACAAACGAUGUUGCAUUCCUUAUGCAAGAACAUGUUCCACAGGGCUCUACAUUAUAGGCACAGGAAAUUGAAGCAGAUCACCCACUAAUAAAUAUUUAUGAAGUAGCUUAGUAUACAUAUUAAUCUUUAAAAACAAACAAACCUUUGUCUGCUGUUGAACUUCUAAGAGGCCUUUUUAGCCACUUAAUUUAAAAAUGGUUGAAAAUACAAAAGUGUACUUCAUAAUUGGUGCCUAUAUGGAAGAUCAAGAUUGAAAAAGUUGUUUCUAAAAUUGUGGAAAAUCUGUGGAGCACAGUAAGGCACGCUUUUUUUCCCCUUCAAACCAGUUUUCAAGUGCCUAGCCUCAGACUUUAUUUUAAUGUGAAGCCCUGUUCAUUUUGUACUCUUACAAAUAACUUUGUAUGCCUGUAGUAGUACUUAAAAGCAAGGCGAGACUGCACAGCUGCCUGCUUGGUAGUCCUGUUUUAUAAAGCCAUUCUGAUAUUCCCGCUGUGGUACCGCCUCAUCUCACUGCCAUUUCUUAUAGAUGAUCAGCAGCUUGCUUCCUCUGCAUUGCCGCUCUGCCUAUAAGUAGUCAGGAGAUAUCACAGGUAAUAAGGAGCACAGCUUGUUUUCCCAGCAAAGGGAAACCGCUUGGGAGUUUGGCUUCCCAGAUAUUAGAAGGAAAAAAGUAAAAAAUGAAGUCCCAUAUAAUGAGACUUCAAACCAAUGGAAUUGUGGAAAACUUGCUAUGAAGCCGAGAACACGAGGAUGCCACAGCCAAAUGCCAGAAUUGCAUUUCCCAGUAUUGAGAGCAGGGGAAAAACCCAGGUUUGUUAAUUCUGAUAUGUUGCUCAAACAGCACUGCUUGCCAAAUUGGCACAAAUAGCAAUUCUGGCCUUAGAAAAUAGGCCUUGUGCAUCUGAUAUUACUUUUUUUUAGAAAACACUGAGUUCUCCUGAAUUUGAGCUUUAAUAGUGCUAAGUAGCAGGUUUGAUAUUUUAGAAGCAAGGCAUCUUUUAACAAUUUUCAAUCCUGCUUUUCUCCUCUUUGCUGCACAAUCUUCCAAAAGGCCUUUAUUCUUCUCAUUCCUGCAUUAAGUGUAAUUUAAAAAUACUUGGUAAAGGAGGCAUUGGCGUGCUAACCUUCUCUGCUUCAGUAGAAACAGAAGUUUGCUUCCACUAUGGUAGGGAGCUGUAAUACAUUUCUCACUGCGUCCAUGUCUCUGAUUGCAGUAUUUUCACAAAAUACUGAUGGCAAAAAAGUACAUUUGAGAAACUAAUUGAAUUAAUUGUUAGGGUUUUUUUUUCAAAUUAGCUGCAACUUUCUAUAAAGAUUUUAAUGUUAUGGUGACUAUUACUACUGGUCUGAGCUCACGCUCUUCAGUUCCAAGCAUGAACAAUUUUGCUAUCAGCACAAUAAUCCUAGUAAUCAUUUCUACCUUCUUUCAUUUCUGUGGAUCUAUAAAUUAAAAGACAAACCUCACUGCUAUUUGAGCUUGUUAAAGUCAUGGUUAAACUUCUUCUAGCAUCUAUUAUAAUUUAAAAAAAGAAAAGAAACGAGCCAUGGUGGUAAAGGUGACUUGAUCCUGCUGUUUGUAUUUUUAGAUAAUGAUUAUGUUUAAGAUUGAGGCUUGAUUAACCAUUUCUUAAAAUGUAUGUUUGCUGUAAGUCUUUCAUAUCACAUCCAAUGGGUUGGGCUAAAGCAUGAAAAAUUUCUUAAGCCGUCACCUACCUCUGCAAGCAGGCUCUUCUGAAUGAUGCUCUCUGCAUUGGCCUGCAUGACACACUGACCUGCAUGUUUCUGGAAAGUGUUUCUUGCACAUUUAUUGCUGUUAACUUGUGCUUGAACAGCAAAGCUUUAUUCAGUACUUGUAAGAAACUUUCUUUCUGCAAAGCUAUUGCUUCCAGGCUGAACUCAUAAAGCACUGUUUCAUCAGCUUGGAAAGCAUCUUUGAGCUGAAUUCGCUGCUUCAACCCCAGCAAGCUAACAGACUCCCUCAACAACUAACCUGCUCUGGAGCUUUUGCAGCACGUUGUAUUAAGUUGUCAGUUCUGUGAGAAAUAAACACUGUUUUUUUUCUAAUGCUAUUUUAUUUUUUUUCCAUUUUUCAGCUGUAGAAUAGUCCAUGGAGAAGGCCUUUCCAACAGUGCAACAGCAUUUCUUAGCCUCUUUCAUUAUGGUUAUAAGUGGUAGCCCAUUGCACAAAGAAUGCAAACCACUGCCCCGAUCCUAACUUUUGAAAACAUCUUUCCCUGUGUACUACCUGAAACUUUCCUUUUAUGUCUCAAGCUAUAAAGCAAACGAGCUUUACCUAUAAGUGCUGCUGCAGUAAGAAAACUUACAAGUGCUGAAGAAACCUACUUCAAAUGUAACGAUCACCACAUUAGUUUAUGAUCUACUAGAAAUGUUUGGAUGGGGGAAUUUCUUAUUUCAUUGCAGACACUCAUUGUUCAUCUGAUCAUUAAACCUGUGCACUUUUGAUAUUUUGAUAUUUUUCUUUAGCUUCUUUAAUUCCUUACGUAGAAGAGUUUAUAUAAAUGCAGUGGUUUGUGCUCAUAGUUCCUCUCCAACUUCGACUUCUGAUGGUUGAUUUCUACAUCAGCAUGUGGCAGAGAUUUUUUUUUUUUUUUUUGGCUCUAGAUGUGUUUAGAAAAGAGUUUCAACACAAAACAGGAGCUCUGCUAAACUAUAUGUGUGCUGUGCUUCAGCAGCUUUUUAUUAUUAUGAAAUGUUAAGCUUUAUAUGUUUAAAUUACUGAUUUUUUUUUUUAACUGCCAUAUUCAUUAAGAAAUCCAGGGUAUUCAAAUUCUGGGGUUUUUUUCAUAUUGUAUUAUUAUUCUUAGGAAUAGUUCAAUGUAACAAGAAGAAAACUUGACUUUGCUCUGGUUAAAACAGUAAUAGGCACUUGAAAAAUAUAAAAUAAGUAGUAUUACCUAUAAAUUCCAGAAUUCCUGGGUUUUAGGAAGUUGAAGUAUUAUUGAUUAACAGAAUUUUAUACAACUGUACCAGUUAAAUUCCAAAUUGGAAUUGUUUUGUUACUUUUUCAUUUUUAUUGUGCCAAAUUAUGGUACAUUUAGAAAGAAAAAUUCUAAAGUUGUCAAUGAUAGGGUGUUAUCUAUCAGCGCCUUCUGUCAUUAAUUAUUGCCAGUAGUGCCUUUAAUCAUUUGAAGGGAGAACCUUAGAAUAGCUUCGUCUGUACAAGAAGAAAUGGAAUGGCUGUUUGGAAUUUAGUGACGGCGUGGAGCAAUAAGUGCAAAGUGAACUCCCCUUUCGCACAUUUUUAAUGGGUAGUCUUACUGUGCUAGAGAUGGUAUAUUCAAGGAAUUGUAAAAAAUUCUGUUAGUCAAUGAUAUUUCAUCGUGCAAAUCCUUACAAAUUCAGGGGAAUAGAGGGAAGAGAAAAAAACAAAACCGAAACAAACCCGAAUACGCUUUGGGAACCAAAUGGACUCCUAGCAAACAAAGCAAGAUGUAGAAACACAUUUGUGUAACAGUACGGAGGACGUCUCGGGAGUAUUGGUGUUAUGUUAGCUUCGUAUGGUGGUGGAUGCAGUUAACCAUAGUAUUGUUUGCAAAUGUGGACAACGGAACACGAAUAACUUCUCUUGCAUGUUAUAUCUAAUCAUUGUGAUUCCAGGAAACAGAAACAGAGGAGUGCAUCACCAAGCUGUACCUGCCUCUCGGGUGCUGUUUGUUGAGGCUGAUGUGAACGAUUAAAUUGGUACUUGUUGGGGGGGAAUUCCCCCUCCUCAAAAAAAAGUACAAAUUGAAAUAAUAUUGACAGUAGUGAAAAGAUUUCUGUUUGCUGGAAAAAAUAAAAAAAAGAACAACAUUAUUAUUCCUAGAUGUGGGGACUUAUAUUUCCAUCUUCUGUUACAGUAUUGAUUCAUAAGAAAUAUUGUUGCAUUUAAAAUUACUACAUUUGUAUGUGGGUAUUUAUUUGAAAUGAUGUCGAAGUACUGUAUUAUGUUCUAUGUGCAUUACCUUUUAGUGGUGGAUUGGUCUCCAUUUAAUGUCCUAUGCAUGUAUUCUUGCCAAGUAACCUUUACCCAGAUCUGAAAAAAGUGGUUGUUAAAGAGACAACGUGGGAACUGAUUCUUAAAAGUAUCAUUGUGUGUUAAUUGGAUAACCUUAGGAGGCAUAGAGGGAAAAAUGUUACUUCCAAAUUAAUACAAAAAGUGUUAAUGUAGGAAAGCAAUCUGCCUGCGUAAAGGUAGUCACAUUGGCAGUAUCAAUAAAAAGGAAAAGGAAUCA